AUGUUUGAGGCGUCGCCGGGCGGGAACUCGUCCCACAGCAGCUUCCUGUUCGGAGGCUUCCCGGCGCUUCAGAACCACCAACGGCUGCUGCUUCUGGUUCUCCUGAUCGGCUGCUACGUAACUUUGCUCCUUGGAAACUGUGCUUUGCUGCUGGUGAUCGGCAGCGUGGCGUCUCUCCACAGCCCCAUGUACCUUCUGAUCGCCUCGCUGUGUGCCGUGGACAUCCUGGUGGGAACUACCAUCUUCCCCACUACGUUACUCAGCCUUCUGUUCAACUGGGACCGGAUAUCUCUGACUGGCUGCCUCACACAGAUGUUCUUCACCCACUUCCUGUCCUCGCUGGAGUCCACGCUUCUUCUAGCCAUGGCGCUGGAUCGCUACGUGGCCAUUUGCUUGCCGCUACACUACAAUAAGAUCAUGAACGCCUCGGUGUUCGCCAAACUGCUUCUGUUCACAUUGUUUCGCAGCGGCUCAGUCAUGGGGACUUUGGUUGGUUUGGCGGGAUCUCUGUGGUUCUGCGACUCUAACACAAUCCGCCACUGUUACUGCGACCACAUGGCGCUGGUUAGCUUAGCGUGCGGCGACACCGAGAGAAAUCGAGCGGCCGGACUCGCCGUUAUCAUCUGUUUCGUGGGCGUCGACACCCCGGUUAUCUUCUUCUCCUACGUGAAGAUCCUAAGCGUUGUCCUGCGGGCUUCGGCGUCCGGAGAGGACCGCUGGAAGGCGUUCCACACCUGCGGGACGCACCUGAUGAUUAUGACCUGCUUCUACCUGGUGGGCAGCGUCUCCUUCCUGUCGCCCAGCAUGAACAUCCCCCCCGACGCUCACACCUUCAUGGGUCUGAUGUACAUCCUGCUGCCGGCCACCGUCAACCCCAUUAUCUAUGGAGUCCGCACCAAGGAGAUCAGGAACGGAUUCCUGAAGAUCUUUAAAGUCAGAGGGAAGAAACUCAAGUCGAUGAAGGUGAAGGUGUCUCCUGCUGGGAAAGGUAAAACUUGACAUCAAAGUAAACUUCUGAUGGACAGCCGUGUUGGUUUGACUGGAGAAAUGUAGGGAAUGAGGUCAAUGCUUUUCUGAAGAUCUUUAAAGUCCGAGCGAAGACAUUUAAGUCGAUGAAGGUGCAUCCUGCCGUGAACGGAAAAACUUUCGGCACCUAGUUUAUUUGUUGUUGUCUGUCUGACUGUUUGUUUCACUGUUUAUUUUUGUUUUUUGUACCUCUGUUUUCCUGUAAAGUGACCUUGGGUUCCCUGAAAGGAGCUAUAUAUUUAAAUUAUUUAUAGUAUUGACAUCAAAGUAAACUUCUGAUGGACCGCCGUGUCGGUUUGACUUGGAGAAAUUAAGAUGAGUAAACUUUGGGAAUGAGGUCAAUGGUUUUCUGAAUGUGUUUUUGGUUUUAAAAAUAAGGUGGUUAACACAAGCUGAAGAGAUGUUACCGUACGACACGUUCAGAAAUCAAGUGGUGCUAAUAUGUGGAGAUUAUCCUGCUGAACUAAACGUGUAAUCAUCAGAAACGUUGAGUAUAUUUUCUGCAAUAAUCCAAAAUCACAUGGAGGAAUCCCAUUGGACUAGAGAGAUGCUGCCUUCAGGGACCAACAC